ACCGGACGGCGGUCAGGAGCGCGAGUCUUUAAAGGCGCAAAGCCACGCGACACUUGUGUUCUCGAGUUGUUUCCUAUUUAAAUUGCUAAAAUUCAAAAUUUAGCUGCCACGCUUGAAUACAGAACUUCUGAAGGACACAGGAGGAUGCAGGGGGCGAAGAGGCGCAACGUUUUAAUAUUCUUUCAUUUUCUAGCGCUGUGGUGUAAUGCUCAGGGGGAGAAUCACCCGUCUCCUAAUUUUAACCAGUAUGUGAGGGAGCAGGGCGCCCUAACCGACCAGGUGAGCCGGAGACAGGUUCGCGUCUACCAGCUGUACAGCCGGACCAGCGGCAAGCAUGUACAGAUUCGCGGCCGGAGGAUCACCGCCACCGCGGAGGACGGAAACCUGUUCGCGCGGCUGUUUGUGGAGACGGACACUUUUGGCAGCCGGGUGAGGAUCAGAGGGGCAGAGAGUGGGCAGUACCUCUGUAUGAACCGGAAAGGAAACCUAAUUGGAAAGCCCAGCGGGAAGAGCAAGGACUGCGUGUUCACCGAGGUGGUGCUGGAGAACAGCUACACGGCCUUCCAGAACGCGCGCUACGAGGGCUGGUACGUGGCUUUCACCAGGACGGGCCGGCCCAUCAAGGCCUCGCAGACCCGGGAGAACCAGCGGGAGGUCCACUUCAUCAAGAGGCUCCACAAGGGGCCCCCUCCCUUCCCCAACCUGGAGCGCCCCAAGAACUUCGAGUUCAUCAGCUUCCCCCCCACCCGGCGCGCCAAGCGCACCCGGAAGUGGCGGAGCCCGUCCUAGCGCGGCCAGGCGUGUAAAUAGGACUGAGCCGGAGCUCGUUGCCAAACCGCGACACAGAGAGGGGCCUUACAAAUUAUUUUUCUAUUCUAUUGCUUUUAUAUACAAAACCUGAAAAGGGGGCUCUGUGGCAGGGAGAGACAUUUCUCUAUACAAUGUUAAUGUAAAUUUGUGGCUUUUGUACAGCA